AUGAAGCUACAUAAGAUCGUUCUUGCUUCCUACGCCGCCUGUGCUUCUGGUGCCAAGUUAGUAUCUAGGCAGGGCACCUGCUCCACGGAUAACUGCUUUCGAGCCGUCUGGGGAACCGAUCGAGGUCCCGACGCUCCCCUAAGUGCACUUCGAGAUUGCAUGAGCCACCUGACAACAACAAUAGCCACAUACACAUAUUCAGUCGCUACCAUUACCAUUGUCGCUCGGACCACUGCAACUGCAGUAGUGUCUUGCUCAACGACCCUACCUAGCAAGUCGUCUAGCACUGCCUCAUCUCUGCCAGGCUUCUCAUUUUCUACUCCAAGCCCGACUCCGGCAGAGAUAGCUGGUAAGUUGAAAGUCCGCCAAAACGAGGUUCUGUCUACCAGCACGACAACCAUCAUCGGCCCUAUUCCUACCUACGCCGGCGAACCUUGCUCCAAUUCAGAUGUCUUCUACGCGAGCGCCUGCUCUUGCAAGAACCUCACGUCAAGCAUUAUCAAUGUCAAUGGACCCAGGACGACAUUGACCAGUACGGAUACCUUGACACUCACGUCGACAGUCACUUCUACAGCAUCUUGUAGCUUGUUGACCGUCAUUACUUUGUCGCAUAGCUCCUCGACUAUGGUUACUACGGUCACCCUUACCCCGUCGACUGGUACUGGCACAGGAACAGGUACCGUUUCGUCCCAAUCAUCCAGCUCGGCCACAUCGUCAAGCUCUGAGACUUUCAACACAACGAUAACCUCAUCUUCAACUCUAAGUUCCGCCACUACUACCACCUUCUAUAAUACUACCCUGACCAGCCCCACUACCCCAACACCAACCUGCGCCACCCCCGGCUGGAUUCUCUGCAACAGCACUUGUCUUAACCCCGCAUCUGAUAAAGCCAACUGCGGAAGCUGCGGAAACAAGUGCGGUGACGGUCUCGUAUGCUUCAACGGCGUGUGCGCUCGUCGCCCUCUUGACCCACCCUGCGACACAAACUGUACGUUCCGGCGCGAAUGCAACCAGGGCCUUAGUCGCGUCAGCUGCUCUUGCGCACGCGAUUCUGAUGGCUUUGGUAUUUGCUUCGAUGCGAACAUGUAUCAGUGCCUCAGCGAUACACCCAAGUGCAAAGCGACGACGGGCUGCAGGCUUGGUGAGAUUUGUGUCAAGAGUAUCUGUGCAGCAUCGUCUUCGUGUAGCAACACAACUGUCCCUGAAGCUGAACAAGAUGGUAUUUGUGUUACUAGUUUGGGCUGCGGAAGGCAGGGUCCAACUGACUUUGGUGCAUUGGUGAGGAUCAGGGAGCAUCAGCAACGUAAGAGGAUGGUGGGUGAGUUCAACUGGUAG